CCCCUUGUCCUGCCCAUGGUUUUAUUGCAGUUAUUUCUGAAGUCUAGGGACAACAUCAAAAUUACGCUCACAAUCGCAUCUCUGGCCAUUCCGAGCUUCUCUCCGCACUUUAUAUUCUCAUCAUCGUAGAUGUUCAGCCACCAAAGGGGGAGCAUUUAUUAAACGAGGAAACACGAUAAUGGGUGAGAAAGAUUAUUCGCUUGCGGAGUUCCUGGCGGUGGCGCUGGAGGCCGCAAAGUGCGCCGGAGAAGUUAUUCGCCAAGGAUUCUAUCAGACCAAGCAUGUGGAGCACAAAGGCCAGGUGGAUUUGGUGACAGAAACUGAUAAGGCAUGUGAAGAUCUCGUGUUCAAUUACCUCAAGAAGCAUUACCCUGAUCACAAGUUUAUAGGUGAAGAAACAUCUGCUGCGUUUGGUACUGCUGAGCUGACUGAUGAUCCAACAUGGAUUAUUGACCCCCUUGAUGGAACCACUAACUUUGUUCACGGGUUCCCAUUUGUCUGCGUAUCCAUUGGCCUUGCCAUUGGAAAGGUUCCAACUGUCGGUGUUGUAUACAAUCCAAUAAUAAAUGAGCUCUUUACUGGUGUUCGAGGACAAGGUGCUUUCCUCAAUGGAACUCGUAUAAAGGCUUCAUCUCAAAAUGAAUUAUUAAAGGCCCUCCUUGUAACAGAGGCCGGGACAAAGCGUGAUAAGUCAACUAUAGAUUCUACAACUAACAGAAUUAACAGUUUUCUCUUCAAGGUGAGGUCCGUCAGAAUGUGUGGUUCCCUUGCUUUGAACCUUUGUGGUGUUGCAUGUGGUAGGCUUGAUCUCUGUUACGAGCUAGGAUUUGGGGGCCCGUGGGAUGUGGCUGCUGGGGCUGUGAUUGUUCAGGAAGCUGGAGGUCAUGUUUUUGAUCCAAGUGGUGGAGAUUUUGAUCUCAUGGCUCGGAGGGUGGCAGCAUCUAACAGCCAUCUGAAGGAUCUUUUCGUCAAUGCAUUGAAGGAAGCUGAGGGAAGCAACCUCUCCUGAAGAACCUAGAAGAUGCUGGUUCUCCUGAAGCCAUUGUUUCAGUUCUCUCAUAAUCGUCAUUUAGAUUGUUAAGACUGGGAAUUACAUAGCUGAUGAUUUUUUAAUCCGGAUAGUUGCCCUUCUUCACCAAUGUUACUGUUGCAAAGCGAGCAAUUUAGCCAUAAUUAAGAUUAUGUGUUGCUUGCAUCCUCAUAGUAAUAUCUUAUGUUCUAAAUAAAUGUCCCUGUAUACGGUUCACGAUUAAAUAUGAACGACAUGCUAGUUUACUGGUCUUU